AUGACGUCACUUCCUGUAGACACCGGAAGACGGAAGUCGGAGCCGGUCCCGACCGCCUGCUCCAGUUCCUGGGUGCAGGGGUCUCCGGGGCGCAGAGACGCCCCAAUGCCGAGCCCACGCCUGCUGGUCCUCUUCGGCAGCCAGACGGGCACGGCCCAGGAUGUGUCGGAGAGGCUGGGCCGCGAAGCCCGGCGCCGGCAUCUUGAGUGCCGGGUGCAGGCGCUGGACUCCUACCCAGUGGCAAACCUGAUUAAUGAGCCCCUGGUGAUAUUUGUUUGUGCGACCACAGGCCAAGGAGACCCCCCUGACAACAUGAAGAGCUUCUGGAGGUUCAUAUUCCGGAAGAACCUGCCGCCGACUUCCCUCUGCCAGAUGGACUUUGCCGUCCUGGGCCUCGGGGACUCCUCUUACACCAAGUUCAACUUCGUGGCCAAGAAGCUGCACCGCCGGCUGCUGCAGCUCGGGGGCACCGCCCUCCUGCCCGUGUGCCUGGGCGACGACCAGCAUGAGCUGGGGCCCGACGCCGCCAUCGACCCCUGGCUGCACAGCCUGUGGGAGAAGGUGCUGGAGCUGCACCCCAUGCCCCUCGGCCUCGGCGUGAUCCCCCCGGAAGUCCCUUUGCCGUCCAAGUUCACCCUGCGGUUCCUUCAGGAGGCCCCCGGGCCGUGCUCCGAGGAGCGGCAGGUGGCCGGGACGGACCCUCCGAGUCCCCCUUCCGAGCUGCAGCCCUUCCUGGCUCCUGUGGUCGCCAACCAGCGGGUCACGGGCCCCUCGCACUUCCAGGACGUUCGUCUCAUCGAGUUCGACAUUGCGGGCUCGGGAAUCAGCUUUGUGGCCGGCGACGUGGUGCUGAUCCAGCCCGAGAACACGGCCCGACACGUCCAGCAGUUCUGCCAGGUGCUGGGCCUGGACCCCGACCAGCGCUUCGUGCUGCAGCCUCGGGAGCCAGGCUCCCCCUGCCCCGAGAGGCUGCCCCAGCCCUGCUCCGUGCGGCACCUCGUGUCCAAGUACCUGGACAUCGCCAGCGUGCCGCGGCGCUCCUUCUUCGAGCUCCUGGCCUGCCUGUCCCCCCACGCGCUGGAGCGGGAGAAGCUGCUGGAGCUCAGCUCAGCUGCGGGCCAGGAGGCCCUGCAUGAGUACUGCACGCGGCCCCGCAGGACCGCCCUGGAGGUGCUGUCGGACUUUCCGCACACGGCCGCAGCCGUCCCCCCGGACUACCUGCUGGACCUCAUCCCCCCGAUCCGGCCGCGAGCCUUCUCCAUCGCCUCCUCCCUGCUGGCCCGCCCGGCGAGGCUGCAGAUCCUCGUGGCUGUGGUGCAGUACCAGACUCGCCUCAAGGAGCCCCGGCGGGGCCUCUGCUCCUCCUGGCUGGCGUCUCUGGACCCUGGGCAAGGCCCGGUCCGAGUGCCCCUGUGGGCGCGGCCAGGGGGCCUGGCCUUCCCGCAGACUCCAGACACACCCGUGAUAAUGGUGGGGCCUGGCACUGGGGUGGCCCCUUUCCGAGCAGCCGUCCAGGAGCGAGUGGCCCAGGGUCAGAGGGGGAACCUCCUGUUCUUCGGCUGCCGCCGGCGGGACCAGGACUUCUACUGGGAGGCCGAGUGGACCGAGCUGGAGAAGAGAGGCUGCCUGACCCUGGUCGCGGCAUUCUCGCGGGAGCAGGAGCAGAAGGUGUACGUGCAGCACAGGCUGCGUGAGCGCGGGCCGCUGGUGUGGGAGCUGCUGGACCGCCAGGGUGCCUGCUUCUACCUGGCAGGCCACGCCAAGUACAUGCCAGCAGACGUGUCCGCAGCCCUGACGUCCAUCUUCCAGGAGGAGGGCGGGCUCUCGGGCCCCGACGCGGCCACCUACCUGGCCCAGCUGCAGCGCACGCUGCGCUUCCAGACCGAGACGUGGGCCUGAGGAGCUGCCGGCCCCCGACGGCCACGGCCCACUGCCCUGUCGGACUCCGCCCAGCGGGGGGAGGCCCUCUCCCCUGCACAGCUGCACGCUGUCUGGGGGCCUCCACUCUGCCCCAGCCCCACCGCCGCCCGGCCUCUGGCCCCAGCUGGCCCCAGCUGGCCUUUCCCCACUGGCCCCACCUCGGGUCCUGCUUGAGGUGCUGACCCAGGAAGGCACCGGCAGCCCGACGGGCCUCAGGGAGCUUUCCUGACCACCAGCUUCCAGACAGCGGAGGGAUUUGGGGUGCAGGGCCCGUGGCAGAGCCGAGUGCCCCCUCCUCUGCCCUGGGCGGCGGUGGGCUCCCACUCAUCCUCUGCCAUGCAUGUGCCGCUCCGGCCACCAAGCGCCCCCAGCGCCCCUCGGGGCCCAGGUGCAGGCAGCGAGGCCCCGGCCAGCACACGCCACCCUCACCCGGCUCCAGGGAGUCUCGGCAAUAAACGGCGGGUGCAGGGCGGCUGCUCCCGACCUUUCCUCCUCCCGCGGUCCCUGGGC